AUGGUCCCCGCCCCGUGGCAUUUCCCCGACGACGCGGAAGACACUUGGACGAGGCAGCCCUGGGUCCGUGUGCCGCCUGGGGGUGCCAAGGCUGGGCACACGCGUGGUGCUCGCUUGUACACUGUGUGCGCUUGUGGCCAUUGGACGUGGAAUGACCUCCUGGCCAAGCGGCGCAACCUCUGUGUCGGAUGUCAGUCCCAGUGUCACCCUCCCAGCCCCUCUGGCGUCGGCGGCCAGAUGCUGUCGUACGCAGGCGCCGAUGAAUCAGGAUGGGGUGAUGGUGGCGGCAAGUCCAAGGGGCGCCGGCGCAAAGGUGCGCAGGCGCUGCAGCAGCAGAAUGGGACCUCUGAAGCCAUCCCUCCUCGAGCUCUUGCGGCUGUCAAGGAAGCUGCCUCGCACCUUGCGCCUGAAAUGGCACAGAAGUUGCUCUCCCAGUUCGUGCCCGAGCCGCCGCCCCAGCCCCGGGCGACGCCUCAGGCCGAGUGGCAGCGAGCCUCGCAGGCCAAGAAGGCCUCCCAGGAGAAGCUCGACAAGGCCCUGGCCCGCCGUGCGGUACUCGACAACCAGGCCAGUGACCUCGACAAGCUCCCGGACGAUCUCAUGGCCAAGGACAUGGAGAACGCUGAUACUCUUGAGCGAGCCACUCGUACGUCGGCCGUCGGUGUGCUUAAGGAUGUUGAGCCUACUCCCGUCAAGAAUGUCAUUUCCCUCGAUGACCUUUUCAAGGGCUCAGCUGAGGAGAUCAAGCUCGAUUUUGGGGAGGAGCUGGGCGUCUCGGGGCCGGCUUUCUCGGCUGAGGACCGCGAGGGCUUUGAACAGUUCAAGGUUGAGCAGUCGCAGCAGGUCAAGUCCCUCCUGCAUGAGGCGCUCAAGAGCGUUAAGUCCCAAUGCAAGGAGCACCAGCAGGAGUGCCAGAAGCGCAUGGGUGAGCUGCGUAAGAAGCGCAAGACUAUGGAUGGGCCAGUUGGCGCUGCAGCUCCACCAGUUGCGGCUAGCCAGGGUGCAGCUUCAUCCCAGGUGCCUGCGGCUGAGGAGGCGAAGGCUGUGCCCAUCGGUGCUGCCACCUCAGCCGAGCCGACCGACAAGGAGAAGGGGAUCGCGAAGGCGCACUCUGACACCAUCGCACGGGCCAAGGCGGCUGCGGCUCGGGCCAAGAUCGGCCUCUUCUGUUUCUUUCUCUUCGGCACCGUCCGCUUCGACGGCUGGCGGCUCUUUACCCUCGCCCCCGCUUGUGGUGAGUUUGGUCGUAUCAUCCGCAUAGAAGUGCCGGAUGGCAAGUCGGUGGCGUUCGUGGAGUUCGAAGAGAAGCGCGACGCCAGCGACGCCAUCCAGGACAUGGAGGGCAGAGCCAUCGAGGGGAGGCGGAUCGGCUGCCGCCUGGUGGAGGACCUGCCGCCCAAGCUCGACCGCGGCGCGCCGAAGCACGAGGACGUGGUCCAUGCUCCGGCCCGCGGGCGGGCGGGAGCGCCCGCCGCAGCGGCGGGGAGGCGACCGGGUCCUCCUGCGGGUGGCAGGGACUCGCGGGUUCCAGGCCCAGGCAAGAGGAGCCGCAGCCGCAGGAGAAGCCAGGGCCGGCGGAGCCGGAGCGGGAGGCGGAGCCGCAGCAGGGGGGAGAGCAGACGAAGUCGAAGCAGGAGGAGAUAG